AUGGAAGAUGCAACAGAUCCCGUGGAAUCCCAACUCACACGACAGUGGCCAGACCGGAUGGACAAAGAAUCUAUAGCGAAAACCAUGGUGCGAGAAGGUUCCACAGUCGUCGGAAGCGAUCUGGUAAGCGUCGACAAGAAAACCGCACCAGUCCUGCAACAAAAGGCAGUGGGACAGAAGAACGCCACAUUAGUUGAAGCCAGUGAAGGUUUGAAACCGACGGCAAAAGCAGAAGAGUCGCACAGACGAAGUAGUAGGAGCAAUGUCACUAAAAAAGAAGCGGGCAACGCAUCAGAACACAGUGGAAGUUACCGAGCACCAUUGCUCACGGAAGAUCGUAGCCGGAGUCUUUCAGAGAGUAUUUCAACUAUUGCAGAGCCGAAGUCAAUGUUCAUUGAGCCAGCUACUUCCACGACCAAGCCAAUCGAGUCUAAGAAUAUGUCCGGUACAAAUUCUAUGUUAUCCGCCACCUCUGAUGAAAAACCGAGUGCUUACAGUCUGGCAUCACCGUCAUCGCUGCAAAGAGAUCUUCAAAAACGAGUUGAGUUUGAGAAGCCAUUAUCCGAAGCUAUGGCGGACGUUGAAAAAUCUCAGCAGAAAGACGACUCUACUUCAGAAGGAAGGGACAAGUUGGAUGGCAACACUACCGACAUCAUUUCAAUGCAACUCAAAGUGGAGCCCUCCUCCUGCGAGCAGAACAGCAGCAGUACCACGCUAGACGAAGCUUUCAUACAGUCCCAGACGGAGACAGAACUAGAACCCGAAAAGGACCCUGCCGAGGCCAGCGAAGCUAUAACCACUUCGUCCCGUACCGAAGAAACGACCCCCACAAAAGACGACGCGACCUUCGGCUACGAAAAGAUCCAACCUUCGCGUACAGAACCAGGGUCGUUAAACAGUGAGAACAGCUCGAGUGAAACAGCGAGAAAGUCAAGUACGGACCUCGGUUUUCGUGGUUUUUCGUUGCCGGCAUCCCAGUCGACAGUGCUCUCACUCAUUUCUUCAGAAUCAAGCUACCCAGAUUUCUGCAAAGAAAGUGGCCAGGGUCGACCUCAUCUACCGCCUCGUGCGACGCUAACUCGAGUUGAGACAAGCGCCCAGACACUAAGUUCGUCGUCGUAUUUGAACAUGCAUACACAAUGUGGCUUGACGGACAAAAAGAUGGACUAUAUGAUACUGGAGGGUAAACGAGAGGACGAAGAUGCCUCAGGCUACAUCUGGCCCAUUACAGGCAACAGACCGCGACGCCGCGUCUCCACGAGUCCGAAGUCUAGCAAGGACGUCGUGAAUGUCACCAUUCUGGGCAACAAUUUGUUGCUCCGGGAAAAACGUGCGAUGUCACCGCAUUCCGAAUCAGAUCCUUCGUGCACUAUCGACGAGAAUAGUUACAUUAUGAGGAAGAAGAUUGAGCAACCCGCUUCUCAGGCAACGGUUCCAGCGGCCUGUUUUGAUCAUCAGUCUAGGUCAUCGAGGCCCGAUGCGGUAGGGUCGGAUGACUAUAUCACGAGGCAGACAACGGGCAUCCACGAUAGCUUGCCCUGUUUCGAAGAGAACCAGUCGUUCACAGAAAGCACCGUCUCCAAGCCGCUUAGAUUACAAGAUACGGGGCUGCAGCAGCAUCCCCCAGAAGACCGGGUCGGCAUUUUGUUGCCAGGAUUGUCUUCCCAGAUUCCACCGUUCUCUUCACGUUCCUCAGGCUCCAGACGCCAGUCCACCCAGCAGACCGGAAUGCGGCAGGCAAAAAAAGCGGUGAUCGAAGCGGUUCACGAGGUUAAAAUGAACUCGCCGGAGGCGCUCGCUCAAGCACUUUAUUACAACUACCCUUCGGGUAGAUUAAGCAGAGCUUCGAGCGGCGAUGCUCGUAGAUAUCCCAGCCUCCUCGGACUCACGCAGAAGCCAUCUGUUUGGGAGAUGUGCCGUGGAGUUUCCCCAGAAGUAGUGCGUCUCUCCUCCAUACCUUCGCUUCCCGCCUCGCCGAUUACCGUAUCUCUGGACUUGCUCGCACAGGGUGAAAAAUCGGAACCUCAGGAAGAGAACUCCAAAACGCCGAAUUGCAUUAGCCUUUCCCCGGUGUCCUCCGUGGAGCUCUUUUCUUCUUUUCCUGACUCUUUUAUUGCGACUCACCUAGAAAACACGAUCACGCUAGUGUCAGAAGACAGCGAGACGGCACGUCCUGACAUCCCUAGUGGCGAGUCAUUCGGAAGCAGUACCGUUAGGCUCGAUUGUUCACUGGGUCAACCGUUAUCAGCAAGGAUUCGCAAAGUUACAUCUUUAGAAUCUUUCUAUCAUUCAUAUGUGGACCAGCAUCUCAUCAUGGAUUUCAACACCGCUGUGCCGCCGCCAAACAACAGUACAGUGUCCCAUCCUGGAAACCGUGUACGCUCCGACUCGUCACAUGAAAGGGAAAUAAGGUCUGAGGUCAACGCUGAUCUCACUGAAACUCAGUACGAGGAUUUGACCUUCGGUGACAUUGAGUUAGAGCAAACUUCAGACCAUCAUUCACCGCCCGGGAUGUCACCUGCUUCCAGUCGGCAAGAAGAGGUGGAUGUACCCAAGUCGUUUAGCCGGCAGAUGACCUCUUUUCAUUUAUGUGCUCCGACUGAGCCUAUAGACAAGGCAUUACUCGUAACACCGAGUAAGCGGCAGAACGCAGAAUCACCACUCGAGUCAAAUGUCCAAAUCGAAGGCGUAUUUUCGGAUUCUUCAUCGUCUCUUCAAGAUCUGGUUUCGAGUGUGAUGCCAACUUCGGAUUCAAAUGAAGAGAGUGAAAUACGCUUACCAAAGUAUUCUUCUCAAGAAUCUCGAUCUGAAACCUCUUCGUUGCUUGAUUCUCCUGCCCUGGACUCCUCAGCGUCCUCCACGGCCGGCAUCCACAACAAGACGAAGUGUAAAGACUGA